AUGUAUUUGUCUUCUACAGACAUUCAAGGUCCCAUUAAGAAAAUCUGUGUGAUGCUGGCAGCUGCAGAGUUUCUAGUAGGAGGGUUGGCCAAUGGCUUCAUUGGACUGGUCAACUUCAUAGACUGGGUCAAGACUCGAAGAGUGUAUUCAAUAGACUUAAUCCUCACUGUCUUGGCUGUCUCUAGGAUCAUUUUCAUGGGGUCAUUCACAUCUAUAAUCAUAAUGAAUUCUUAUUUAGAUUUAUAUGCCGAUGGUAAUCCAAGCUACCUAGAACAUCUUUGGAACUUGAGCAACCAUGUAAGUUCCUGGUUUGGUACCUGCCUCAGCAUCUUCUACUUCCUGAAGAUCACCACCUUUUCCCAUCCUGCCUUUCUCUGGCUGAAGUGGAGGAUUAACAAGGUGGUUCUUGGUAUGAUGGUUAUCAGCUUCCUCAUUUCCUUGCUUAUCAAUCUUCCAAUGACAGAGAAAAUAAAUGAGAUAUAUAAAAUCCUUGCUGAGUAUAAAAAUAAAGCAAAUGGAACUCAUAAGAUGCAGAUAAAUAAAAGCCAUAAACAAAUAUUUUUUUUCUUUUUGAUUUUCUACCACAUGGAGGGAUUUUUUCCCUUCGGUGUGUCCAUUAUCUCCUGCUUUUUGUUAGUCUUCUCCCUGUGGAGGCAUACCCAGCAGAUCACAGCCUCCAGAAACGUCAGCACAGAGGUGCAUAAGAAAACCAUGAAAUCCAUGGUGUCUUUCCUCUUCCUCUAUUUACUAUACCAUUUGGGCAUCAUCAUGGCAAAUGUGAGCUAUGUGUUUUUUGAAAGUACUCCAGCUGUGUUUUUAUCAAUGUUAAUAGCUGCCACCUACCCCUUGGCCCAUUCUAUCAUUUUAAUCAAGGAGAAUAACAAACUUAGGCAGGCCUUCCUGAGCAUUGUAUGGCAGCUUAAACACUGCUUCUAA